UUACUCACUUUGUUUUAAAUUAUAAAGUAUUAAUAAUAUUGAACGUUAAAUGGUUCAGUGUUCGUAUAUUAAAAGGAAAAAAAUUCUUUCAAAAAAAGUUAAAAGGAAAAAAGAAAAAAGAAAAAGGUAAAUGAGGAAAGUCGGGGCGUGAAAUUAACGUCAAGAGGAGCACUGGAGCAGCGUCCGUUGGUUAUAAAUAUAACAACCUCGACAUGCUUCAGAGUUCAGAUGUUAAGUCUUUCGUUUUGUCUAGUGUUGCGUCCGUCACCCUAUGAUUGAUUUCUGCAUGAUCUCUCUCACCUGAUUAAUGUUUUGGGAGCAGUAGAAGAUUCAUGUUUGUCGUGUCGUGUGAAUUAUGGGUCAAGCCACGAGGGAUCGAUAUCGAUUAGCGUUUGUUUGACUGCCGUUUUCCAUUUUGCGUUUCUUUUAAUAACAGUACUUCUUGAUUUUUUAAUCUAAAAAAUUUGCCAAGAUUUUCAAAGAAACGUUCAUUCUUUUAUUGGCUAAUAGCUUCUUUGAUCUUGCUUACGUCCAUUUGCAAGUGAAAACGUUAUUUUUUCUGGUGCUCUGUAAGUUCCAAAAGCAAGUAAGAUUAUUGAAGAAAGAAAAUCAAGAAUAAAACCUCAGAGUGUUGAAUUUCAAUGGUUUAUUUCUGCACCAUGGCUUCUUGAUCGGGUUUUAGGAAAUUAUGUGCUGACAAUUUUGGAAAGGUGGAAGAUACAUUGGAAGGAAAGGUUGAUCUGCAUAAUGCUUCGUGGACUUGUGCAGUAGACCUUAUCGCAGAAGGGUGUUUCGUGAUCCCAAGAAAAGCGUUACAGAUCUUGAUGUCGUUGAUUCCCCACAUUGCCCUCUCACUCUCUCACCAUCCUUCGCCCCACAACAAAGACAAAGCUCAAAAGCACAAGAAGGAAACACACUCCCACUUCCUCCACCAGAAGAAGCAAUUGGAUUGUCCCCAAGGCAUUGCCAAUGCAUUGCACUUCUCUCUGUGGCGAUGACAACAACAACAACAACAACGGUGCCUCUUUUUGCAACUCGUAGCUGAACGGGUCAACCUUCCUGGCUUCCCUCAUGCCCAAGACGGAGAUUGGCGCCGACCGAUUCCUCCAUUCUCACCCACACUACGAUGGUCGCGGUGCUCUCAUCGCUAUCUUCGAUUCUGGGGUAGACCCGGCUGCUGCUGGAUUACAGGUUAGCUCAGAUGGGAAACCAAAAAUUAUUGAUAUUCUUGGUUGCACCGAGAGUGGAAAUAUUGAUACCUCAAAGGUGGUGAAGGCCAAUGCUGAUGGUUGUACUUCUGGGGCUUCAGGGGCAUCUUUGGUUAUCAAUACUUCAUGGAAAAAUCCAUCAGAAAGAAAGAAGAAGUGGGAUGAGAAAAACCAGGAGGAAAUUGCAAAGGCUGUAAAACAGCUUACAGAUUUUGAUCAGGAACACAUCAAGGUGUUUGUGAAGACCUCCAGAAUAGGCUUGAUCUUCUGAGGAAGCAAUCUGUGGGUUGCUUAGGAGAUUAUCAUGUGCUCCUGCUAUGCGGCUGAACUUCAGAGGCUAGACAGGGCACAAAUGUUAAUCAAAACUCCACGGCACCCUACUAUACAACAUGUUGUGGCACUGUAGAUUAAUGGGAUGGAGUACACGGUCCAUUUGGUAAAGGAGACAUGCUACAACCCAUGUAGGCACAAAUGUUUCACGGGGAGUCUGCUAUAGUCUUCGGAUAGUCUUCGGAUGAGGUAAGCUCCGACGAGAGUGACUUAGGCUCGGACCAAACCCAGCCAGCAAUAAAGUAGUAAAUCGUGGACAAACAAAACUAGAUGGGAUAUAGCUGCUGGUGGAGUUCACAGAGUGUCUCAGCUGACAACCUAUGAGGUUAAGGGCACGAAGGAGACAGCAGGAAGCAGAAAUGGGAAAAUGACAGGUAGGGAUAUAGCGGAAAGGGGAAAAAGGCCUGGGAUUUUGGAAGAGAAGUCAAAGAAAUGAAAACAACGAGCAAGAAAUGGGUUCAUCUAUGUCAGAUAAUUUUGAAUUAAAGGGGAGGGUCUUGUGAUGUCCCAGAUGCAGAGGAGGGUGUUAGAACAAAGGAUGGAAGUUUGAAAAAAAAAGAAA